CAGUGAUCAGUAACGAUGUGAUGAAGUGUCAGAAGAAAGCUAAUAAUCGUCGAGAAAUUAACUAUCGAUUAAUUGUUUGGCGCCAAAAACUGCUGCGAUAAUUAAUAUCAGACUACUUUUUCCAUGGCAACAAUAGCAGUUUAGCAGAACCAGUAACGAGUAAUAAACACGUGUUUCUACUUUCCAGUAAAAAGUGUUUCGUCCAAGUUUGUGUGUGAAACGAAGUUUACGCUUUCUUGAUUGAUGAACGUGGUUCUUGGUAGUUAUCGACUUAUUGAAAACGCAGCAGCAGAAUCAGUUCAAAAGGUUCCAGUCCCACUAAAAAGCUUGUAGCCAUGUCACAUCAUCCACAGCUGUAUGUUGAAUUGAGAGACCAUUCAGGCAAGACACAAGUCAUCUCACCUGAAUGCAUUCAAUCUGUGAAGAAAUAUGCCUGCCCACUGUGUCCAGAUGAUAGUUUUCUUUCAUCUGAACAUUUAAAACGUCACUUGUCGAAGAUUCACGAAAAUAACGCCAAAAUCAUUCAAUGCUGGUGUGGAAAUUAUUUUAUGACUAAGGAUGACUUUCAACAACACAAGGAAACAUGUUUACGCUUUAGAUUCAAAUGCACAAUCUGUGCUCGAAGCUUUACUCAACGAGUUAAUCUCAAGCGUCACCGAAAUGGGGCCCAUUUUGAUUUAAAGAAAUUUAAGUGCGAUGUUUGUCUAUUCGCCACUCAUCGAAAAGACAGUCUAGCACGUCAUAUGACAAGUACUAAACAUAAAUUACAAUAUUCCUCGUCGAUCAUUCAAUCGAGCCAUCAAGACCGACCAUCUCCAGAAGAUAAUAGUUUUAUUUGUGCGUCUCCAAAAGAACUAACUGCUGAAACUUAUUCGAGUCGUAGCUUCCAAUUUAUGGCCUCUAAUCCAGAAGAUCUUGAAUUCUCCGAUGCCGAAAAUCUUAGCAACAAUAUUUUAAACGUGGCCAACUUGCACAGUGUUUCAAGUUCCACUUACAACAAGCAAAUGACUCUUCCACCGCUGAAGAAAACCAGAUUUGUUGUUUUGUCUGGCACUCCUCAAAUAAAUCUCAAUACUUCCAAGUUAUCUCAGGUGAUUGCAAAACCGUUGUCUGUGGAAGCGGACGAAAACGUAAGCAAAGAAGUCUCUCCCAUUGGCAGAGCUAACGAUAUUGCGAUGCACAGUAACUGCUUGCUUCCUCCAAUGAGCAGCACUCACAAAAUCCAAACUGAUUUAUCGUCCUCUUCUGACAAGAAUUCCUUGGCUAAUGCGACAUCCAACAAACAGCGUUCCAUGAAAAACUUCCAACUGCAGUUCAACAACAUCGUCCAUGAGGUAACCAUCUGCAAGAUCAGCGAAUCCGAUCGACCUCCGAUUUCUUCUACCGUUCAACGUUCUCAAGAAUUUUUGUCAAGCGGUUUUUGACGACAGCACCAAUUGUAGGAGGCGAAUGAUCGUGCCGCAACCAAAGUGUCGAGAACGUUUUUGAUGUUAGCAGCUGCGAUCGGUGCGUGGAUGAUGGCGAUGACCAAUUAGAUCCAGUUCUCCAAGUAGGCUACUGUUCCUAAUUCUUUGGGAUGUUUUUGUAUUCAUCGUGGGAAACGGCAUGGAGAACGCCCACGGCUUUGUCUAAUCUACACUUGAUGCAUGCUUGAGGUCCGUUUGGCUUUCAGUUGAUGGUGUCACCAUGAAAUCGUCUAGACAACAGCGCUGUAAAAUGGUAUUUAUGUCAGCAUUCACUUCUGAUUCCGUGCUUAUUGAGAAAUGUCUGGAUGACAGGGGGCAAGUCCUCAAUAUCGAAAAGUACAUUAAAAUUGGCGAUGACAGUCGCUUGUUUUGAUUUGGUCCACUUAUCAGUGUAUACUGCUUUCUCUUUCCAGGUUCUUGAAAAUGGUGCUUGAGAGCAACUUUGUAGGGUUGGAUCGUAGCAGAGGACAAAGGAAAAUAGCUCAACACGCGACGAAAGUGAGCGCAGCGAGAUAUAGCUUCGAUCGUAAUGGCUAACUCAAUUAAAGCCCGAAGAAAAGCCUCCCAUUCUCCCAGAGGAACUGGAAUGAAAAUUUAACUACAAGAUUUUAUGCCCGGAAAAUGCUGAGGUAUUUUAGAAGUUGUGUUAUUGAAAAGAAAUUAAAACACCUGAUGGAUUUACCAGAAUCCCAGAAAUCCAUAUUAGAAGGGGCUGUCUUGAUUUCACAGUGGGUCCAAACAGAACAAGAGCACUUAAUUAGUUUAAUUGAGGUUGAAUUAAAACUUGAAGACAUUACAAAAUGUGUAAAGCAACAUUUGGUUGAAAAGUCAGACACAUUUACAGCCAAAGAAAUACUGGAAUGUAUUAACAAAGUUUUGUAUCGUGAAAUGGAAUUCAAAGUCAUGCAGUCUGAUUACUCAUUUGAAUAUUUUUUUAUUGACAAGGUUCUUGAAUCGAGAAUUGGCUUCCCCGUGACUCUUUGUAUUAUCUAUCGAGAGGUAGCCAAACGAAUGGGAAUUUACUGCGAGCCUGUUUUACCCCCCAAAAUUCUCUUGCAUCGUUUUUAUCUUAAGUGGAACGCAAACCCAAAUCUUGCAGGGGACACUGACUGUAAUCAAUUGAUUGACCCAGCAAAUGGCGGUUCUUUGCAUUACUUCCAUCCGACUACGUGUCCAGUCGUUUCAACUAAAGAAUUUUUACAGAGAAUUGUGGAAUAUAUGCGUAGAAUCAGAUUACAAAGUAUUAGGUCUGGAAGAAGAGAAGGUCGAGACAGAACCCACUUCCAAAGGAGACGAAACGAACUGUGCUUUUCUCGAUUGGCCUGUGCCGUUUCUCCUGACCAAACUUCUUCGAUCCUUCUCUAUGCGCACCUCUGCUUGGAUCUUGACGUCCAGCUAGAAGAUGCAGUUCGGCUCCUUCAGCAAGUUGAAACGCUGCACGAUCAUCGACUAAUGGAAAAAUGCAUUCAGAAAUUAAACCAGAAAAAUUCGCUAGUCACAAAAAAAAAGGUUAUCCACCUUCGAUCAUCAUCCGUUAAAUACGCAGUGGGACUUGUCAUGAUAUACAAAGAUAGCGCUUGUAAGCCACCGUUACUGUGUGUAAUCGACUCCUGGACACACCAUGAUCCAGACAGAAUAUUUUAUAACGUCCUUUUCGACGAUGGGGAUUCUUCCUUCGUUGCUGAAGAUAAUUUAAAACUAAACACUAAUGUGUCGUUCGUCAGCAGCCAUCCGAAUAUCGGGCUUUCUUUUGAACGUUUCAACGGCCGCCGAUACAUCUCCAAUGCUGAGAUGAUGACCCUCUUCCCAGACGAUGAAGCCUUUGCUCUUUCUCUGGUCGGAUAAAAUUAUAUGUAUUAUCGUAUCGCAUUAUGUGAUUGCCUGCCUUUUACUUACAUAAGCCGCUACACAGUGCCAAAUAGUUUCAUCAAAUUUUACGAGAAAUCAAAAAUUAUUUAGGCCAUUCAGGUUGUUUUUCUUAAUUCAACCAAUGUACAGCCUAAAUGUAAAUCAG